AUGUAAAAUGGAUAAUUUCGACCAAGCUACUGGAGUUUUAGGUCCGUGAUUUACAUAGGAUAUAAUUGUUUUUUGUUGAUGUUUAUUUUAUAUUUUGUAAUUUUGUAGAUUCGUGGGAUUUGCUUUAUCCAAUUUCGGAUUCAUACAUAGAUCGAAGGAAACGAAGUGUUAAUCUAAUAUCAUCCUCUGGGACGCUUUUUUUAAAGGAAACAUCUUAUACACCGUCUACACUCUUUUGUCAGGUGUUUAAUAACAUCUCAGCAAGCUAUUAUCCAGUGUAUGGUGGCUUAUACAAAAGUUACCCCUCAGACAGGCCCCUCGUUAAAGUUACUGUGUGUCCAAAAUCUUCAAAAACUAUCGCAAACGUUCGCGAAAGACAAAAGCGACAUAAAAAGAAAACCACAGAUUCUGAUCAUCCCAUUCCUGGUAAAAAUCUUUAUAUCGUCAUACCCGGAAAGAAAAAGGAUAAAGUAUCUGUUGUUGAUACUACAAAUGCUGGGAUUUUUAAAGAAAUACACGAUAAUAAGUUAUUAUCGGAAUGCAUAUUAAAGAGCUACGUUGAAGAUAUGAAUAAAACCAGGAAAAAGCGAUCAGAAAAGACAAAGGAGACAGAAAACCCAUUACAGACCAUCCAAGAAUGUAGCCCUGGCUGCGCUUAUAUGAACAUGAACAAGACGAAAAAUGUAUCACCGAAUAGAUCGGGAACAACAUCCCCCGUUAGAUCAACUUACAUAGCUGGCACGAAGGCAGAAUCAACAAUAAUAAAUAAAACAGCAACCUUGUCUCAAAAACAAAUAUCAAAAUCUCCCGAUAGAAAUAGUUUAAAGAAUGAUGAAGCGAAAACAAAAUCGCCCACUCGUUCAAAUCAAAAGACAAGGGUUAGUAUUUAUCAGUCAGAUAAGACUCAAAAUAAAGAAACUGCUAAAUCCCCCGAUAGAUUGAGUGUAAACAUCAAGCGGUCGAUCGAAUCGGUCAUUGCUGGGGAAAAGCGAAGAUCACCAGACAGGUAUGAUACGAGCGGGGUGGAUACCAGUCGUCCUGGUAGAAUCAGGAUUACAGGACGUCUAGGACUCACGGAAGAUGACAAAUGCAUCCUAAAGUGUGAUGCUACGCUUAAUGACAAGCCGAUUCCUACGCAAUUUCAAGGGGCAAAUUGUGCCAUGCUACCGCUAUGUUAUGAAGCUUGUAAUGAAGAAUUUAGGUCUCUCAGAAAUCAACGUGAUGUUAAAAUACAAGCAAAAGAAAGUCCCAUGAGAGCCCGUUCUUAUGCACUUUCGGCAACAGGGAAAGAAUCCCAAGCGACGCAAGUAGAUUUCCAAUUGAUAUACUCAACAGCUACGAGCCGAAGAGAAGACUCCAGCCGUGGUAAAGUAAUGCAGAAAUGUGCUUGUGUUAACACUAUUGAUAAUACUAGGAGCAUCUAUGACAAUAAAGAAGAAUCAGGCACAACCCUCAAGAAAAACCAUAGCCCUCUUAUCGUGAUAUCAGUUUAUUCUAAAAAUGAAGAACCAAGCGAGAAAAGUGGUGAUACAAAACCCGCACAAAUUAAAACAAAAGACCAUAAAAAAGAAAUUAAAAAAUCUGGACGCAGUCGAUCUCCUUCGCCAGCGAAAAACAGCAAAAAUAUAAUUGAAAAGAAAUCUGACAGUCGCAUGAAUGCAUCAACCACUAAAAAAACUGUCCGUGAAACGGCAAGAAAAGUAACCAGGUCAAAACUUAAUCAAACUCAAAGUCGAAGUACUGUCCGAACAAGUACUAAAACUAAGAGCGAGAGCAGAACAACCAAGAGCAGGUCCCCUAAAGGUCAAAAAACGCCACCACGAGGUAGUCGAUCUAAUAGUCCACCUAAACAGGAGGAAUUGAAUGCAACUGAACAAAUGAAAAGAGCUUUAAUAGAGGAUUUUACCAAAACUUACAGUGAACAUAUUAAUAAAAGAAAUGCACAUUUAGAAAUACCACUGCAAACGAAACACAAUGUUUCUAAUAUUACUAUUGAUAUAGAAGGCGAUAGUGAAUAUUAUAAUGUCAAGCUGGAGCAAGAUUCAGGGAAGCUGAAUACACAGCUGACAGUCCGCAAGCCCCGGUCCCAAGGACCUCGGGCAGGUGAUAACACUAUGUCCACUUUGGGAGAGCCGGAUACAACUUCGUUAGAAAACUUUUUAUACAUGCCAGAAAACGAGCAUAGAAAGCGAUCUUUUUCUCAAACUUUAAUGUUUGAUGGGAUUGAUCAGCUGACGUUAGGCGGUGAAGAGGAUGAAGGAAAUGCAUUGAAUGUAAAGGACAGUAUCGAAGUCUCUCACAGGCGUGAAACCAAAGUCAGCAACGAUGAUUACAACGAAGUUGAUACCAAAAAUUUAGCCCAAAUAAAACACUUCCAAGGAGACGACUGCCCAAUACCCAACCCCAUAACAAGAGACAGGGAAAUUCAACAACUUCUCGGAAUAGAUAAGGGAGUCGGAAAACAUAAGCCAUCGCACCUAUCAACUCUGACGACGAAAAACAGUCAAGACGGAAUAAAAGAAAUGAAUAGUAACAGAAGAAAUAUGAAGAAUAAAACUGUCGUCAAAUAUAAGAACAAAGACACUUUAUAUGAUGUUAUUAAUAAUGACAUAUUAACGAAACCCCUGCACCAUGUAGCAUGGAAUAAGAAUAUUCAAAUUAUUUAUCAUUUGAAUUUGCGCAGAUCAAAUUCAAUAAUUCUAACACGUCGAUUGAAGAGAAGAACGCAUAACAGUCUCAUUGCAAAACAAAAUAAGUAUCUUGCAAAAUAUUACUACAAUGAUAUAAUAGCAAACGCGACUACAAAAAAACAAACUCAGCAUUAUGACAAAGGUUCCCAGACUGAAAAUGUCCAUAAGAAACCAAUAUGUGCCAUGCCUCGGGAUGUAAAUACAGUUAAUAAAAUAAACCGUGCAGAUGGCUCUAUUUGCAUAAAAAAUUCUGCAGAUAGUUCAAGUUCAGCCAAUUUUGAAAAUUCUACUAAUCUUCAUUGCCGCCAGCAAGUUAUAAACGUCAACAAUUACCAUAUCAUGCAUAAUACUCUGAGGACAAUUUACAUAGCCAAGCAAAAUGAUAAACCGAGUGACGAAAGAGUUAAAGUAAAUCCUGUUAUGAAAACUGAGUCAGUGAAAGAUAUUCAAUAUAGAAGGAUGUCGAUAAGAACACAUCGAGUUAGAUUUUCGUCUUCUGACUCGGAGAAUUAUCUUUCAAAGGAUAAGGAAAUGAGGGAAAACAACAUUAACAUUAGGUCAUGCUCUAUUCAAACCAUUUUUAAAUGUCAUCGAAAAGCAGCAACGCCAAAUCUCGGCCCCUCAAUUUGCUCACUGAGCAACAGUAUCAAAAAUAUCGAUUCGAGAUUCAAAAUGUUCGAGGAUAUGCAAGACAAGCCUCUAAAGAAACCGUUUCUGAAAAGACUCAUUUCCUGCUUAGUCUUUAAGACGUCACAGACUAAACAUCCUAGAGUUCUGCUUGAUAGUAAGAUUAGCAGGAGUCCGGAUAGUUCUUUUGACUCAUAUUAUGUUAGCACUUCGCUUGGUGCAAUAGAGAUGAGUUCGUCAUUGUACGGAACCAGUGCUUCGUUCUACAGCGACCACACUGUACCUGGUAUCAAGAUCAAACGGGGAUUCCUCAGCUCUGUUCGUGGCUUGCUCACUCGCAAGUGUUGAAAUUCUUCUGAAUAUUUGCGGAGAAUGAAUAAAUGAC